CAGCGUGCGUCUUCACGAGCACGUGCCACAGCUGGCGUCGAGGGCCACGAUGCAUUGUGGGCUAGAUCUUGCGAAGUCAAAAACAUGACUUUGUGUGUCUGUUCCCUGCAAUAUAUGUCAUAUCUUUCGUAGCGUGGUUGUCACAACACCAACUUGGCCUAAAUUUCGACUGGUGUGCCACAACACCGAAUACACUAAACUAAAUGCCGAUACCCACAGCCACAAGUUACUAUAUGGAUGGCACAGAGGCUUUGAGUUCAACGAGCCAACUAGAAGCCGACCAAAGAGCGCUGCAUCUCGCCAUAGAAUACUCCAUGCUUGGCCUAACUAACGACGAUGAUACCUCGAACACGUUCGAUGAAUUGCGUGUGAAGAAGAGUGUUAAUAUGACCGAAUGUGUGGCUGUGCCGAGCUCUGAGCACGUCGCCGAAAUCGUUGGACGACAAGGUAGGAAGGAAUUAUCUAGAUCGUUCAAAAUCCCUCGUGCUUAGCAAGGCACAAAAUGUUGCUACCCCCGUUGAUUUGAUUAAAAUGACUAAAACAAGGUCGUGAUGUAUAAAAGUACGAAGACAGCCUUUGUACAACACUGUGUCAGCCUAAAAACAUCUGGGUAGAAUCGUAGUAGUUCAUAAUUUCACAGACAUUUCUCCGACUUAAACAUGACAACAAUAUUUCAUGAAUUUUGAAAUAUUCAAAAAUUCAUUAUACAAAUUCAUAUGAGCGGGAAAAUGAGACAUACGCAAACAUAAUGUAUCUAAAUAUAUAUUAACCUAGUAGUUUUUCGUCUAGGUUGCAAAAUCAAAGCAUUGAGGGCAAAGACGAACACGUACAUCAAGACUCCGGUACGAGGCGAAGACCCCGUGUUCGUAAUAACCGGUCGCAAAGAAGAUGUCGCUGUAGCGAAGCAGGAAAUAUUGUCGGCUGCGAACCAUUUCUCACAAAUUCGUGCCCAACGUAAGAACUCUACUCUGAACUCGGGUCCUUCGUCUCCGACUGGCGGACCCGGGCAAACGACGAUUCAAGUACGAGUGCCCUAUCGAGUCGUAGGUCUUGUUGUCGGACCCAAAGGUGCUACAAUCAAGCGAAUUCAACAGGCGACUAAUACCUACAUUGUGACACCUUCGCGAGACAAGGAGCCCAUUUUUGAAGUUACUGGCAGUUUGGAAAACGUGGAGUCGGCAAGGAAGGAGAUUGAGACUCACAUUGUGCUUCGUACUGGCGGCCUGCUGGACGACGAUGUUUUUCAAGGCAGCACUGACGCACUGAACUCGUUCAACGGCUUUCAAGCUGGGCAUAUCUAUGCGAACGGGGUGAGUCGAAAUGGCAGAGAUCUACACCGCGCGCUGUCUACGGACUCGUUUUAUCUGAAUUCUUCAAAAAUCACCGAUUACAAUGCCUUGACAAGUCCGUUUUCCACGUCGAGCAACGGCACAAGUAAUGGAUAUUUCUUCAACCACGACCUCAUCCCUUCGCCUACCGAUGAUUUAAUCAUCCCGAACGUCAGCAGUAGUGGGUUUAGUUCAAGCCCACCGCCUCCAUCGCCCUCUAUCUGGGGCUCUGACACGAAGUCGGACAACUCUGCUUUCUCCACAACAAACGGAGGAAUGAAUGGAGUCGGUUCAAUCGGUAGCGGCCGGCCUACGACACCUCAUACAACCGCGCGAAGAUUGGCAAGCGAGCCAUUGCUGCCUGCCCUACCUCCGAGCACAACUCUCGGUUCCUUUUCCCGUUUUACAACCUCAACGACCGCUCCAAUUGGGACUUUAAGUAACUCUAGCAAUACGCUGACAACUACGACAUCGUUGAACGGUGAAAUUCCUAAAGUAAAUGGAGUUAUUGGCUCUCGUUCCCCUACGAAUGGCGAGUCGAGCAAUAACAACAAUAACGUCGCUUCUAAGAAGAAAGACUGUAUGGUGUGCUGUGGCUCUGAAGUCGUUGCCGCUCUUGUGCCGUGUGGCCAUAAUUUCUUUUGUAUGGAGUGUGCUACGAAGCUCAAAAGCGACGAUUCCCACUGCCCCGUAUGCCAAGAGCAAGUUACGCAAGUUUUACGUAUAAUUUCAUAAGGAGGAAUUCAACGCAUCGUUGGUUUGCCUGCCAAGAGCUAAGUGAAUUUGAAGUAUAUUUACAUCACCAUAAUAUACAAUCCAAAAUGAACUGUUUACUAUAUGAUACCAAAGUAAAUCAUAUAUAAAAGAAAAAAUUCAAUUUAGCAAAUGCGAAUAUACAAGAUCGCUGGCUAGGUCUUGUAGUUUUCUAAUCCGAAAACGGUUUUUGUAUGCAAGGGUUUUAGUCUUGGUUUUUUUUUUUGUAUAGAAUAUAAUUGCACACCGCACUCAUUAAAGUCAAAAUCCUUUCGUGCAAAAUACCAAAAAAUCUAUGUACAUUAUUAAGAAAUGGUUCUGUUUGCUUAAGCUUAAAUGCAGUGCGCUUAUCUUUAAAGUUAAACAAAAUUUGCGCGCGCCAAUGCAGUUUAAGCUUUGGCCAAUCUGAGCCAGUUUGUGUAUAGCAGAAUAUUUUAGAUUGCUUAUUUUACUACCUUAGUGUGUUAUAUAAAAACAGAGUAGAUGUAUUUAUCCAGAACUAUUUUACGUGAUGUUUAUUAAGAUUUAAGAAAAGCCUUUUGAUAUAUAAUUCUGUUUAAAUAUUAUUCAAGAUAUAUGUAAUAUUUGUAUCGAUUAAUAGAGUAAUUUCACAGAGACUAUAGAGUCGACUUAUACAUAUAAUUCUAUUUGUCAUUUUAUAAUAUUAUAUAUUCCAUUAAACUAUUCGCCUUUCACUCACAUUAUAACUUACUCAAGAGUCCACGAAAUAGAGAUUUGUUCAGAUUAUUAUUAUAUAUAUAAAUAACGUACAUAACAUGAUGUGACAAAAUUAUUUUUUAUUUUAUUCCUAUAAACAAUGUUAAAUGCAGAAUAUAAGAGUUAGAAUAUUGCAAAAAUUGUAUAGCUUUAUUUUUUUUCAUUAAAAUACACUAUAAUAAUAUAAA